AUGAUGAUGGAGAAACAGCCUUUGGACAAUACUGUGUCAUGCUCACCACCAAGCUCCGAGCGGUCACUAGAGCAGCAAAUGGAGCUCUCACCGCUAGAACUGUCCUUCUCGCGCCAGCUCGAGCGCUCGAGAUUUGUCAAGGGAAAUUGCACUUCCAGCAAGCUCGGGACAAUCUUUCGCGCGAAGACAGUUAAUCUGCGCCUGGACGAGUUUGUACCGUCGAACACCGCUGAAUUGUGCUCGACCGAAGCCGAGCCCGAGCCUGUCUUUUACGACCCCCAGAUACUGGAGAAACUGGUUCGGUUCAAGGGAGGAAAGCACGAUGGUCGACAGGCACUGUCCAUCCAAACAGUGCAUCUGCGCGAUGCAUGUGUCAUCCAAUUCAUCGUUCAACACGCAUUAUCCGACGCCGGGGGAAUCCACUGGAUUGCCAAGACGUACUGCGCGCUGCUAUCAGGCACGCAUGUUCGAGGGGACACUGCAAUUCGACCCGAAUUCUUCCUCAAACCCGAGGUGAUCGAGGCCGGGCAAACCGCGGCCGUCCACGACGACACGCCGAACCACCCGAUUGCCGUUCGCUAUUCGCAAGGUUUUCAGUCGCGAAUCGAUGAGUGGAUGGCUCAGGCGCAGAGCAGGGGGGUUCAAGUCACGGAACAUGACCUCUUGAUGGCGUUCGUGUAUCAGUCGGCCUUCUCUCCAACCGCCAAGGAAGAGGGAGCCCACACCGGCCUCAUCUUCACUCUCAACAUCCAAUCGCAUCUCGCUUUGGCCCCAGGCGCCCUGACCAAUCCUUGGAUCAACGUCCCAGUUGCACCUGUUGCCCCCGCCUCAUCGGCAUCGGACGAUCUCGUCGACAUCGCUCACCAUAUCCGCCAGACCAUUCAAGACGCCCGCAAUCCCGUCUGCGUGGCCCAGAUCAUCGACCAACAUCUGCCAGUCCGGGACACUCCGGCAGUUCCGCGUGGAUACGGCUCCCGCACGCCCCGGGUAGCGCUGACCUCGUGGUGCCAUCUGCCUUGGUAUGGAUUGGACGUCAAAGGCACGAGGCCCGUCUUUGUUCUCGGGAAUACGCUGUUAAGUCGACCAUUGACGACAAUGGGAGUGCGGAUGGACGACGGGUUGACGACGUGUAAGGCGAGGGCGUCUGCGCGAAUCGGGAAUGCGGAUGGCGGUGGAGAGGAGGGCAGACAGGCGGGCUAUUGGGUGCAGGGACGUGUGAACCAAGGUAUUUGGGCGAGAAUGAUGGGGAUGCUGAAGCGCGGUGAAGAAGAGGAUGGGGUGAAUGCGGAUAAGAUUGCGAUGGACAAGGUUUGAGUGGGCGGCGAUUACAAAUAGGAAGGGGCCUUUGUGAGUGAUCUACGUUCGGGUUUCGGUUGUCAAUUCGGUGCUUAAUUCUGAUAGUACUUACUGUCUGCAGUGUCAUUAUAGGGGAC